AUGACUGGCCGCAACAACAGCUACUCUUCAUCCCGCGUCCCAUCUUCGGCGCCGCUCUACCACGCGCCCUCGCGAUCGAGCACUAUAUCGUCAAGCUCAACGAAGGCGCCGUUUGCCGAGUCCUACGAUAUGCCUGCGUACGAGUACAGCAGCCGGUCGGCCAGUGACCCGCUGUACCGCACCAGCGCGGGUAUGGGCAGGGCCUCUGCCAGCUAUAACGGCCCCUCGUCGUCGUCCUUGCCAUCGUCAUUAUCGUCUGGGACGUACAACAUGUCUGAUGCAGCUGCUGCCUCGGGCGUCUACCGCACCACGAGCAGAUCGACUUAUGCGUCUUCGGCGUCGUACUCUUCGUCGUACCCGCCAUCCUACACAUCGUCGCUGGCCUCGACGGCGUCCUUGCCGUCCGUGUCGUCACCGCCGCCGCGCCAUUCGUCGGCCCAUUCCUAUGCCACGAGCACUGCCGGCAGCACCGCCGGGAACAGCACGAAGAAGACGAAUGUCAACGUCUACACCACGUGCGGCCGCCACAGCAACGAGUGGCUCUUUAGCGGCUGGCCGUCGCCGUUCCGCCGGCGGGAUGGAAACUAA